AAGCCCUGGACCUGCGAGGUGUGCUGGCGGGUUGGCAGUGAGAGAAUUGUGCGGCCAUGGCUCCCAACGCGCCCGCGCCGGAACCAACCGGAGAGUGUCCCAAAGGCAUCCGGGCGGUGCUCCUGGGCCCGCCGGGGGCCGGCAAGGGCACACAGGCACCCAAAUUGGCCAAAAAUUUCUGUGUGUGCCAUUUGGCUACUGGGGACAUGCUAAGGGCCAUGGUCGCUUCUGGCUCAGAACUGGGGAAAAAGCUGAAGGCAACCAUGGAUGCUGGCAAGCUGGUGAGUGAUGAAAUGGUAGUGGAGCUCAUUGAGAAGAAUUUAGAGACCCCUCCAUGCAAAAAUGGUUUCCUUCUAGAUGGCUUCCCUCGGACUGUAAGGCAGGCGGAAAUGCUUGACAGCCUCAUGGAGAAGAGGAAAGAGAAGCUUGAUUCUGUGGUUGAAUUCAGCAUCCCAGACUCUCUGCUGAUCCGAAGAAUCACAGGAAGGCUGAUUCAUCCCACGAGUGGCCGUUCCUACCACGAGGAGUUCAACCCCCCAAAGGAACCCAUGAAAGAUGACGUCACUGGAGAACCAUUGAUACGCAGGUCAGAUGAUAAUGAGAAGGCCUUGAAAAUCCGCCUGGAGGCCUACCACACCCAGACCACCCCCCUGGUGCAGUACUACAGCAAGCGGGGGAUCCACUCUGCCAUCGAUGCGUCCCAGACCCCCGAUGUCGUGUUUGCCAGCAUCCUCGCAGCCUUCUCCAAAGCCACAUCCUAGUAACAGAAGGCCAGGCGAGACUGCACCGCUGCUCAUCACCCCGUGGCGUGAUCCCCGCUCUUAGGUGCUGGGCAGAGGGGAGGGGUGGUCAGGGUAAGGAGGGAGAGGGCAGCGUGCUCGUAAGGGGCUCAAGAGGCGUGUCGUUGGGAGGCAGCAGUGUCGCUAGGCCAUUUCUCUUACACGUCGUAGGAAUCUUAACAAGUAUAAGUGAAGGGGAAAAUUAAUUUUUAAAAAAUUGAUUGGAGGCUAUAAGUAGAAAUACGGAGAUACAGUGUUACUUCUAAGGAAUCGAGUUUUCAUUUACUCUGGACUGGUGACAAUAUUCUUUAAGGCUAAUGCCCUAAGACCUCAGCUUUUAUCUCAGAACCUCAUGGGAUGCCAGCCUAGGAAGUCAAGCUAUGUUAUCCUGUCUGUCCUGCAGCUUGGAACAGGGAGGGUUUGACGACUCACCCUGGCUCCCCACAUCAUGAGAGCAAAAUCUGAAUGAGAUUUGGGUGUGUUCGUGGGAGCAGUGGCUCAGCAAAUCAAGUUUACUGGAAUUGUACGGAAGGGGUCCAAGCCGGCUCUCCCUUCCCAAUUUACCACUGAUUUACCGUUCUACCUGUCUUGGGUGAGCUCUCAGCAGCCACCCAGCUUCCUGCCACAAUCCUGUACUCUGCCUUCUUCUACCCAUGAUGUGUGAAGAAACCCUUUUUAUUAAAUAAGCAAGUGUCCUGAGCAAUAUCAUCCAAAGAUUGUCCUUUCCAUCCUCAACCCUGUGACGGGGAUCACUCGACAGCACUGUGAUGUAUUUUCAAUGAGGUGCCUUUCUUUAUGGACCAAAUGCUGCCUUGUUUGGCCCUGAAUCAAUAAAGUAUGUUAAAAGUUUGU